UGGAGGUUAUGUUUACCAAAUUUCGUUCCUUUUCUUGCGUGGCCACUGCCACAAUCUCACGUGUGCCCCUUGUGCCGUGAAUUUCGUUGCACUCAUCACAAAUUUAGCACUUUUCUCUCAAUUUUAUCAUCAUUUAAAGGAACAAGAUGGGUGUAGCCGAGCUAGAUUUUGAGACCAAGAAAAACUUGAUCACCCGCAAUCUGCAAGAAGUGCUGGGUGAGGACAAGUUGGAUGCUGUCUUAAAGGAAAGAAAUCUAAAAAUAUAUUGGGGAACUGCAACCACAGGAAGACCACAUAUUGCUUACUUUGUUCCUAUGUCCAAAAUUGCUGAUUUUUUAAGGGCAGGUUGUGAGGUGACAAUAUUAUUUGCUGAUUUGCACGCAUUUUUGGACAAUAUGAAAGCUCCAUGGGAUCUGCUGAAACUGCGUGCCCAGUACUAUGAGCACUCCAUCAAAGCUAUGUUGACCUCUAUCGGUGUGCCCCUGGAGAAACUGAAGUUCGUACAUGGCACAGGCUACCAGCUCUCUGAAAAAUUCACAUUAGAUGUUUACCGCUUUUGUUCUGUAAUCACAGAGCACGAUGCCAAGAAAGCAGGGGCAGAAGUUGUUAAGCAGGUAGAACACCCUCUUUUGUCUGGUCUUCUCUAUCCAUGUUUGCAAGCCUUGGACGAAGAAUAUUUGGGAGUUGACGCCCAGUUUGGUGGGGUUGACCAGCGCAAGAUCUUUACCAUGUCAGAGAAGUACCUUCCGCAGUUAGGAUACGCUAAAAGGAUACAUCUUAUGAAUCCCAUGGUGCCAGGUCUUGCUGGAGGAAAGAUGUCAUCAUCAGUUGAAGAUAGCAAAAUCGAUCUGUUGGACCCACCUGAUGCUGUUAAGAGGAAACUGAAAAAAGCAUUCUGUGAGCCAGGCAACAUUGCUGACAAUGGAGUCUUGGCGUUUUUGAAGCAUGUCCUCUUUAGUCUGUUGAAACCAGACGAAACUUUUGUAGUGUCAAGAGAUGAGAAAAAUGGUGGUAACUUAAUCUUUAAGAAUUAUGAAGAGGUUGAAGUUGCUUUUGCUGAGCAAAAAUUGCAUCCAGCAGACCUAAAGGCAGCUGUUGAGACUCAAAUCAAUAAAUUACUGGCGCCAAUCCAAGAAGUAUUCAAGACCAAGGAAAUGCGGACCUUGGUUACGCAAGCGUAUCCUCCACCAGGCAAACAAAAGCCAGGUGGUGGUGGCAACAAGAAUGCAAACAAUGCCAAUGUUCCGGAUGAAUUAGUGCCCAGCCGAUUGGACAUCAGAGUGGGCAAGAUUGUUGAGGUUUCUCGACAUCCUGAUGCAGACUCCUUGUAUGUUGAGAAAAUUGACCUCGGUGAAGAAUCGCCAAGGACAAUUGUUAGUGGCCUGGUUAACUACGUCCCAAUUGAACAAAUGCAAGACCGGUGGGUUGUCGUCCUUUGUAACUUGAAACCAGCCAAAAUGCGUGGUGUUGAGUCUUGUGGCAUGGUUCUUUGUGCAUCUGUUGAUACGGAAGGUGCCAAAAAUGUCGAGCCUCUAGAUCCUCCAGAAAACUGCACCCCUGGAGAGCGAGUUAUUGUUGAGGGUUACGAGACUGGGGAUCCUGAUGAUGUACUCAACCCUAAGAAGAAAGUUUGGGAAAAGUUACAGGUAGAUCUUAAAACGUCUGCUGAGUGUGAGGCACAGUGGCAGGGUAAUAUUCUUCGCACAAAAACAGGCGGUAAAAUCACUUGCAAGUCCAUGAAAAACUCCCCCAUCAGAUAAUACCAGUGUCAUCGAGUACAUCUAAUUUUUUUAUUUCAAAUCUCUAGCUGUAAGUUUUUUAUUUAUUUAUUUUUAUUAUUUUUUUUUCUUUCCUUUUGCUGUGAAUUAAUACUUACAAAGAGGGUGAAGUCCAAAGCACCUGUUUUUCAUAAAAACAGAAAAAGACUGUUAGAACUUAGCAUACUUUUUGGAUUUUAAUGAAUCUCUGUUCAUUACUAAAUGUUAUCCAACAUGAACAAACAUUUGCUGGUUUUUUCCGGACAGAGGUCAAUAACAACUCCAAAAUCCUGGAAAAGAAGAAAGCAUGGGACAGUUUCAACUCUUUGUGUGAGUAAUUGUCCUUACAUAUGUCUGAAUAUCUUUGCAUCAGAAUGAGUCAGUGUGUGGAUAAUGAAACUGAGAGAAAAUUUGUAUCUUGGUUGUAGUGCUUCAGGGUGCAAAAAAUACCUGAUCUUGAAUUGGGCAAACUCAAGACAGAUCUUUGAAUGUGAGGCAAAGUUAUAACCUCAUAAAUGAGGUCUUGAAAAGUGAGAGUUCCGCAGAGUCAAAAGUGCAACAAACACUAAUUUUCUGUGAGGUAGAGAUGUCAGAUCACAAGAAAUGGUUCUUUUUUCGGAACUUUUUGCACCCUUACAGUGUUUUAUUAUUACAGCUCUUACUUACUUUUUUUUCCCCAAAGAAAAUAAAUAUUUUCUGUAUGCCAUUUUUUGGCAGAGAUCUUCAAAUACCUGAAGAAAAAUCGUGCACAGUUAAGUGAAUCAUUUCACCAAACAUUAUUCAAUGUUUGGUGAGAUGUUAGAAGUGAGUGUGCUUUGAAAUAUUUAAUGUCCCAACUGAAGGUACAUAAUUUUUUUAGUUUUGCCAUCAAUAUGUAACAGAAUCUGCUUUAAAUAAUUGUGUAGCUCUUUUGAAUGUCAUAUUCUCUUCAACUCAAGUAUUUUUUUCUUUCGUAUGAAGUUCCAUCUAAAAUUUGAUGAAUGUUUGUUUCCUAGAACUUUUUAGUCCCGACUUCUUCACAAGAUAAAAUAUUCUGACUUGUAUGUUUUUUGUUACAUUUUUUGUAACUUUAUCAGUUCAACAGUGUUUUUUGUUACAUCUUUUGUAACUUUAUCAGUUCAACAGUACUGAAAAUUGUCCUGGUGUAAGACUUAGUGAAAGAAACAGCCUUUAAUAUCUCAGGAGAGGAAAUUGUCAAAACUGCUUUUAACUAAUUAUAUCCCUGUGAUACCUCGUAACCCUUCAAUGUUUAACUUGAAGCGAUUGAUUGAGGCCUAGUAUUUUAUCCGGUAUUAAUUUAGCAGUAAGUAAAAUCUAAUGAAAAGUGUGUCAAAACGGAGUGUGUUAAAACCAAAUUUGUGGAUUACAUGUUGAGAAUGUUUUUUGAACUAUAA